UGAGCUCCCUGACAGAGCUGUCUGCUGCUGAAGGAGCUGGAGCCUGCUUGCCCUGUGGAUAUAUCGUGUGUGUGUACAUAUAUAUAGAAACCUGCAGGACUGUGGACAGCCCAGGACAGAGGGCAGGGGGAGAGGCAUGCCACCCAGCUGUGUCGUCUGAGCGCCGUCGUGGCACGACCGAGUUCUAAGCGUCCCACUGCGCCAUGUCUGCCUCACUUCCCGAGGACACAGAGAACGUGUUUGACCUGAACGAGGCCAUUCCGGAGACCGAGCUGCUGGACAACAGCAUUCAGAAGGGGCGGGCCCAGCUGUCCGUCAAGACCCGCCGACACCGCCCCUCGCGCUCGCGGCUGCGCGACAGCAUCAGCUCCACGGAGGGAGACGAGAGCCUCGAGAGGAAGUCAUUAGACAGCCCCAUGCACAGCAUGCGCUCCCCACUGCACUCUGCGCUGCGCGGCUCCUCGCCCUCCCCGGACUCCCUGCUGUCCUCGUCGCCCGCCCCGCGGAGCCCGGCCUUCACCUUCGACACCUCCCUGGUGCGCCGCACCCUGGAGGAGGGCGAGGCGGCCCCGUCCCCGCCCCGGGGCCGCUACCGGCAGCUCACCAACACCUCGUCUCAGGAGGCCCUGGGCUACUCGCCCACCAGCUCGCCCUCCAAGUCCUGCCAGAGCUCCGACAGUUCGCCCAUAUAUCUCCGCAGGGCACGUCGCCCCGAGAGCGAAGUCUUGGUUACAGAUGACAGCCAGGACACGAGCCCAGCAGAGCCAGGGAGCCCCACAGUUAUCAUGGACAAGAAGACUAAGAGGAGAUUCCUGGACCUGGGGGUUACUCUUCGACGCUCCUACGGGAAAGUCCGGAAGGAGAAGUCCCACAGAUUCAGCAUGGGAAGCCGGGAGCCAUCGGAGAGCCCAUCCCGGUCAUCUGGGUCGCCGUUUGUGCCUUUUUCCUGGUUCACCGACAGCGCCAGGGGCUCGGCCUCCUCCAACAGCACCCCCUCCUGCUCCCCCAAGAUGGGCUCGCACAGCUGCAGCCCCCGCAAGUCCAACUCCCAGGAGUCCACCCUCAGUGAAGAAUUCUCCCCUCGCAGUCCGCGCGCAUCCAGCGGGUCGGCGGCGGAAUCCCGGUCCUCGCACCCAUACCAGACCCUGUCCCAGUCUUCAGAUGAGCCUCUGGACGAGCCGCUGUGCCUGGUGGCAUCCUGGAGCACCCAGCAGGUGUGCCAGUGGCUGAAGGGGCUGAACAUGGAGCAGUAUAUCCCAGAAUUCACUGCCAAAGACAUUGACGGAGAGCAGCUGCUGCAGAUGGACGGCAGCAAGCUGAAGGGUCUGGGCGUGAGCAGCUCCUCGGACCGCAGCGCGCUGAAGCGAAGGCUGAAGGACAUGCACGCAGCUGCCGAGAAGGAGCGCAAGGCUCUGGACAAGUUAGAGAAACAGAAGGAGAAACAGCGCAAGAAGGAUCAGGAGCAGCGCAAGAGCUAGGAAGCGCCACCAGAGGGCGCUGCUCUGCCUCUACUGCUCUCUCUCCCACGCUCUCACACACAUGCGUUCACA